AUGAGGUCGCUGAAGCAAUGUCUAGCAGUGGUGGUACUGUCUACUCUGCCCUGCGUCAGAGCUAUCACGCCAGAGGCUAUGCUCGCUGCUCCUCGUAGAGGUCCUGCGCUGGCUAACCCGUCUGGAGAAUUUGCUGUUUACACGAGCACUAACUACUCCUUCGAGACGCAAGAAGCAACGACAAUAUGGGAGAAGCUCAAUCUAACAACAGGAGAGAUCUCGGUUUGGUCGACUGACUCCAACAUUUCUGAAGUUGUCUUUGUAGGCGCCGAACCGACCAGCAUUCUUUACGUCAAUGCCACAAACGAGGAAGGCGACGGCGGCAUUUCUCUGUACGCUGCGGACGCUAACAACCUCUCAAAUGCCAAUCUCGUGGGGUCUGUCCCAGCUCCGCUUUCUGGUCUGAAAGCCGUUACUGCAGCGUCUGGGGACAUUCACUUCGUGCUCUAUGGUCUAGCAUAUCCUAACGGCACUGCAUACAACGCCGACACCGCCGUAGCACCGGCAAGCACCGCCAGGAUCUACUCGAGCAUAUACGUGCGACACUGGGAUACCUACCUAUCCCAACAGCGCAAUGCCGUCUUUGGCGGAGUACUCACCGCGGCAAAUGGUAGCUUUGCAUUCAAUGGCGCCCUCCGAAACUACGUGACUGGAAAGUGCAAUGCCACUUGCGCCGAAUCACCUGUUCAACCCUUUGGUGGAUCGGGCGACUACGACAUCUCUCCCGAUGGCACUUCCAUUGUCUUCCUUACCAAAAAUGUUGACUUGCCUCUAGCCAACUUCACCAGCAGCCAGAUCUACUUCGUGCCCUUCAACGGCAGCGUUAACCAGUCUGUUCCCAUCAACCCAAUUGGCGCCACCCCCGGCGCCGAAGGCGCCUCUGGGGUCCCUACGUUCUCGAAAGAUGGCUCAAAGAUUGCCUACGUGCAAAUGAACGGUAUAUCUUAUGAAUCUGACCGCAAUGUUGUGUAUGUCGCAGAUGCGAAUCCAUCAAAUUUCAACGUUACUGCCCUUGCUGGUGAUUGGGACAGGUCACCUGAUAAUCUCGUAUGGUCUAACGACGGAGCUGCUGUCUUUGUGGCUGCACCUGACCUAGGUCGAGAACGUGUCUUUACAGUACCACUCUCUGCUGGAGCCAACUACAAUCCAAACAAUAUCACGGAUGAAGGAACCGUGGCUGCGAUGCAACAGCUUCCAAAUGGCAACCUCUUGAUAUCAGAUUCGAAGAUCUGGUCUAGCAGGGACAUAUACUCUGUUAGCUCAAACGGCACUGUUACCAAUGUCUAUUUCCAAGCCAAUUUGGUCGACGAAGCUCUUGCUGGUCUUGGCCCCAAUGACGUAUCAGAAUUCUACUAUUCAACCAACAGCAGUGAGAUCGAUCAACAAUCCUGGAUCAUCUACCCGGCCAAUUUCUCUGCAAACGGGAGUUAUCCCUUAUGCUUUAUUACGCACGGAGGACCACAGGGUGCCCACUUCAAUUCAUGGUCAACGAGGUGGAAUUUCAAAGUCUGGGCUGACCAGGGUUACGUAGUUAUCGCACCAAAUCCUACUGCGUCAACCGGAUGGGGCCAGAACCUCACCGACGCAGUUGCCGGCCAUUGGGGCGACUAUCCAUACAAUGAUCUCGUCCACGUCUGGGACUACGUUAACAGCUCCCUGCCUUACGUCGAUACCUCUCGUGGCGUUGAAGCAGGAGCUUCAUUUGGUGGCUACAUGACCAACUGGAUGCAAGGUCACGAACUUGGUCGCCGCUUUAAGGCUCUGGUCACUCACGAUGGCUCAACCAGUACGUUGAACCAAUACGCUAGCGAAGAGCUCUGGUUCAUGAACCAUGACUUCAAUGGCAUCUUCACCUCACCAAACACAACUUCGCCAUAUUACGAGUGGAAUCCUAUCAACUAUAUAGAGAACUGGGCAACGCCACAUUUCGUAAUACACAAUGAUCUGGAUUACAGGUUGCCAGUGUCGGAAGGUAUCAUGUUGUUCAAUUUACUGCAGGUGAAGGGUGUGCCAAGCAAGUUCCUCAAUUUUCCAGACGAGAACCACUGGGUACUCAACAGGCAGAACAGCUUGGUGUGGCAUACGGAGAUCUUCAGGUGGAUAAACUAUUACUCUGGAAUCAGUCAGGAAGGGCCGUAUUAG